AUGACAAGUCGAACACGCCGUUCAACACGUUCUCGAUCGAAUUUAAGCGUGAAAUUUGCUGACGACCCUGAUUAUGAUGAACGUACUUUUGAAGACGAUCAGGGCGACGAUGAUGAGGACGACAUCGGCGAACUGCCGGUGGCGCGGAUAAAACAAGAGCAGCAGCGACACACCAGUCAAAAUAAUGCCAUCGCGAAAAGACGUCGUGGACGACCUGCCAAACACGAACCAUUACAAGAUGAUGAUGAAGAUUGGCAGGCUGAAGAAAACGAAGAUUUUUCAACUGCGACACCGAAUGAUGUGACUUUAAGUCCAUCAGGUCCUGAUGGUAAUCUAUCAGUUUAUGAAUUUAGUGAAACAUCAAAUCGUAAAAAACUUCCGAUUGUCAAUUCUGUUGGAAAUAAUAAUUCUUCACGUGAUUCAACGAAAACUCCAACUAAAGUUCGUCGUGAUGAAAAACAUUUAUGUCCCUAUUGGUAUAUAAUUUCAUUUUCCUUACGAAUAUUUUCAUCCGUAUUGAAUUCUAGUAAUUAUUGUACGGGUAAAAAAUAUCUUCUUCAACGUCACUUGAAAUCUCACUCAACGGAACGACCUCAUAAAUGUGCUUAUUGUUCGAAUACAUUUAAAACGACAGCACAGUUACAAAAUCAUGUCAACACUCAUCUUGGUAUUAAACCGUUUCAAUGUAAAUUCUGUGAGUAUAAAUUUACGACAAGCGGUGAACUGAUUCGGCAUGUUCGCUAUAAGCAUACACUCGAAAAACCACACAAAUGUGAAGAAUGUGGCUAUGCAACUGUUGAAUUAAGUAAACUUCGACGUCACAUUCGAACACAUACAGGCGAAAAACCAUAUUCGUGUCCACAUUGUUCAUACUGUAGUCCUGAUACAUUCAAACUCAAACGACAUUUACGUGUUCAUACAGCUGACGAUUAUCUUGUGAAUAAGCCAACUCCUCGCGCUCGUCAAUUACAGAAAGCUCGUCGAACGAUGUCAAGGAAUUCGUAUGAUGAUUCGUCAUAUGUAAACGAAUCAAUAACGAAAAGGGAAUAUUUACAUAACUCUAACUACGAUGUGAAAGAUCAAUAUGACAACGGAGUAGAGUAUGAAAAUGAUAAUGAAAUGGAAACGGGUGAUACAUUUGUUGAAAUGAUCGACGACGAAGAUAAUUUUCUCGAUGACGAUGAUAAUGGCGGUAAGCAAAAUGUUAUCAAAUAUCGUUCAUCAACGCAAAAAUUGAUUUAA